CAAACCUAUACAUACACAUACACACUCAUUUCUUCAUUCAAUUUCAAGAAAACAAAAAUGGCAACCACAACCAAUUUCUUUGGCUCAAAUAUCUUACUUUCAACACCAACACCCAAAACUCAAAAAUCAAGAACCAGAUUUAUGAUUCCCCAAUCAAUUCUUGACAAAUCCCAGAAACCAAAUUUGUCAAAAGAUUUAAACUUUGAAUCAAAAGCCACUCUAGCUGCUGCUGCAGCUGCUCUGUUUUUUUCUUCACAACAAGUGGCUUUGGCUGCAGAUACUAAUUUACAGCCUCCCCCACAAACCCCACUUCAAACUGAGUUAAUUAAACAAAGCCCAUCAACAAAUUCAUUAACUUUUUCACAGUCAAAUGUUCUUACUGCCCCAAAACCACAGGCUAAUUCUGACUUGCCUGAAGGAAGUCAAUGGAGAUACAGUGAGUUUUUGAAUGCAGUAAAAAAAGGGAAAGUUGAGAGAGUUAGGUUUAAUAAAGAUGGUGGGGUUUUGCAGUUGACUGCUGUGGAUGGAAGAAGAGCAUCUGUGGUUGUUCCAAAUGAUCCUGAUCUUAUCGAUAUUUUGGCGAUGAAUGGUGUCGAUAUUUCGGUUUCUGAAGGGGAAGCAAGUAAUGGGUUACUUGGUUUUAUUGGUAAUUUAUUGUUUCCUUUAUUAGCAUUUGGUGGUUUGUUUUUCUUGUUCCGCCGGUCCCAAGGUGGCCCUGGUGGGCCAGGUGGGCUCGGCGGACCAAUGGAUUUUGGCAGAUCGAAAUCCAAGUUUCAGGAAGUUCCUGAAACUGGGGUUUCCUUUGCUGAUGUGGCUGGAGCCGAUCAGGCUAAGUUAGAAUUGCAAGAAGUUGUUGAUUUUUUGAAAAACCCUGAUAAGUAUACUGCCUUAGGAGCUAAGAUUCCAAAAGGGUGUUUGUUAGUUGGACCACCUGGAACCGGUAAGACCCUGUUAGCUAGAGCGGUUGCAGGGGAGGCUGGUGUGCCAUUUUUUUCGUGUGCUGCUUCUGAAUUUGUUGAGUUGUUUGUGGGUGUUGGUGCAUCUAGGGUUAGGGAUUUGUUUGAAAAGGCGAAAUCGAAAGCACCUUGUAUUGUAUUCAUUGAUGAGAUAGACGCAGUGGGGAGGCAGAGAGGGGCGGGUUUAGGAGGUGGAAAUGAUGAGAGGGAGCAAACGAUCAAUCAGUUGUUGACUGAAAUGGAUGGUUUUUCGGGUAAUUCAGGUGUUAUUGUGCUGGCUGCUACUAACAGGCCCGAUGUUCUUGAUUCGGCUUUGUUGAGACCAGGGAGAUUUGAUAGGCAGGUGACUGUUGACAGGCCUGAUGUCGCAGGCAGAGUCAAGAUCCUUCAGGUGCACUCAAGGGGGAAGGCACUUGCAAAAGAUGUGGAUUUUGAUAAGAUUGCUAGGAGAACUCCAGGAUUCACUGGUGCUGAUUUGCAAAACCUGAUGAAUGAAGCUGCUAUUCUAGCUGCGAGGCGUGAGCUUAAGGAGAUUAGCAAAGACGAGAUUGCAGACGCUCUUGAGAGAAUUAUUGCUGGGCCCGAGAAGAAAAAUGCUGUCGUCUCAGAAGAGAAGAAGAAGCUUGUGGCAUAUCAUGAGGCCGGGCAUGCCCUAGUUGGUGCCCUCAUGCCAGAGUAUGACCCUGUAGCAAAAAUAUCCAUCAUUCCUCGUGGUCAAGCAGGUGGUCUCACCUUUUUUGCCCCAAGUGAAGAAAGGCUCGAGUCUGGUUUAUACAGCAGAAGCUACCUUGAAAACCAAAUGGCUGUCGCUCUCGGUGGAAGGGUUGCUGAAGAGGUUAUCUUUGGAAAAGACAAUGUAACAACAGGAGCAUCAAAUGACUUUAUGCAAGUUUCUCGUGUGGCAAGACAGAUGGUUGAGAGGUUUGGAUUUAGCAAGAAGAUUGGUCAGGUAGCAAUUGGUGGUGGUGGCGGAAAUCCAUUCUUGGGACAAUCGAUGUCAUCCCAAAAAGAUUAUUCCAUGGCUACCGCCGAUAUUGUGGAUGCUGAAGUGAGGGAACUUGUUGAAAGGGCAUACGAGAGGGCAACGACAAUUAUUACCACACAAAUUGAUAUCUUGCACAAGCUUGCUCAACUCCUUAUGGAGAAAGAAACAGUCGACGGAGAAGAGUUCAUGAGCCUUUUUAUUGAUGGGAAAGCAGAACUCUACAUUUCUUAGAUGUCACAUUUUACACUCUGUUAAUGUAAAGUGAAUGCAGUUUAAAGCUGAUUAUCUUAUAUAUUGACUUGUAAUUAGUUUUUAAA